GUUUUUUUUUCUCCCGCAGCGAUAAUCAUGGCGGAUCAACAAUUCAACAACUUUCUCUGAUUAUUGUAGUCUGCUGCCCGCUGUGAUGGAGCACAUUCAAGGGGCCCGGAAAAGCAUCAGUCACGUGUUUGGAUGCAAAGACUCUGUAUAUGAAGAUUCCUGCAUGUCUCCCACCAUUCUAAAGAACUUUCCGUACCGGAGAUUAUCGGAUGACGGGAGAAUACCAGACUCUAAAACUAGCAGCACAAUCCGUGUCUACCUGCCCAACAAACAGCGCACUGUGGUGAAUGGGCGAGCAGGCAUGACGCUGCACAACUGCCUCAUCAAAGCCCUGAAAGUUCGAGGACUUCAACCAGAAUGCUGCGCUGUGUUCAAGCUGCACACAGAACAUGGCAAAACCAAAAAGUCACGUAUGGAUUGGAACACAGAUUCUACCUCACUGAUGGGAGAGGAGCUCCUGGUUGAAGUCUUAGAUCACGUACCCCUGACUACGCACAAUUUUGUACGGAAAACGUUUUUGAAGUUGGCCUUCUGCGACAUAUGUCAGAAGUUUCUCUUGCACGGCUUCAGGUGUCAGACGUGUGGCUACAAAUUUCACGAGCACUGCAGCACCAGAGUGCCCACCAUGUGUGUGGACUGGAGCAACAUCCGACAGCUUCUGCUGUUUCCUACUCCAGGAGAGAACGGGACUCCAUCCCUCCCGCCCCCCUCAUCACGGCGUAUGCAAAACUCUAGAUUCCCUUUCAGUCCACAUCACAGAUACUCAACGCCAAAUGCUUUCAACUACAUCACUCCCAUGCCAGUCCCCGGGGUUUCGCUCAGUCAUAAUAAAGUGUUGUCCACAUCCACCCCCAACGUCCACAUGGUGAGCACCACCCAGCCUGUUGAUGAAGCCGCUUAUCAGGAAGCCUUAGGAAGUAAUGAAUCUGGAAGCCCUCAAGACCAAAGUCCGACGGAGUGGUCCAAAACCCCGGCACCAGCCCAUAAAGAGAAAGCACCUUCAGCUAACACUCAGGAAACAAACAGAAUUCGUCCUCGAGAGAAGAGAGAUUCCAGCUACUACUGGGAGAUUAACUACACGGAGGUGGUUUUUCUCUCCAGGAUCGGCUCGGGGUCUUUUGGCACAGUUUACAAAGGGAAGUGGCACGGCGAUGUCGCUGUAAAGGUUUUAAAGGUCACAAAUCCCACGCCGGAGCAGUUUCAGGCCUUUCGCAACGAAGUGGCUGUUCUCAGGAAGACCAGGCAUGUCAAUAUUGUUUUAUUCAUGGGUUACAUGACCAAGGAAAAUCUGGCCAUUGUGACACAGUGGUGUGAGGGCAGCAGCCUCUACAAACAUCUACACGUGCAAGAGACAAACUUUCAGAUGUUUCAGCUCAUCGACAUCGCCAGACAGACAGCUCAGGGCAUGGAUUACUUACAUGCAAAGAAUAUCAUCCAUCGGGACAUGAAGUCAAACAAUAUCUUCCUGCAUGAAGGUUUAACAGUGAAGAUCGGCGAUUUUGGACUGGCCACAGUUAAAGCAAGGUGGACCGGCUCACAUCGAGUAGAGCAACCGUCUGGAUCAGUUCUGUGGAUGGCUCCUGAGGUGAUCCGGAUGGAGGAUAAUAAUCCCUACAGUUUUCAGUCGGACGUGUACUCGUAUGGUAUUGUUCUGUAUGAGCUCAUGACCGGGGAAUUGCCUUAUGCUAUGAUUGGAAAUAGAGAUCAGAUCAUCUUUAUGGUGGGCAGAGGAUAUCUCACCCCAGAUCUCAGUAAACUCUACAAGAGCUGCCCCAAAGCCAUGAAGAGACUCGUGGCCGACUGCAUCCAGAAGUCUAAAGACGACAGGCCAUUGUUUCCACAGAUCCUGUCUUCGAUAGAGCUUCUCCAGCACUCCCUCCCCAAAAUAAACCGCAGCGCAUCCGAGCCGUCGCUGCACCGAGCCUCUCACACGGAGGACAUCAACGUCUUCACGCUCACAUCUGCCUUCAAAUGAAGCUCAGCUGCUCACUCCAGCGAAACGCAAGCUAGAAACACAGACUUCCACAUAUUUAAGCUAUGAAUGGACGCGACGUGGAUGAAUUAGCGCCCGGGUGGCCUCGUUUUAUUUUUGACCGGAGUAACGUGCUGGUGGUUUAUGUGCUUUGUAUGUAUUUAUACUUAAGAUGACUGGUGGAAUGUCGACUUUGAUGAUGCUGGCCUCUCUUCUGGUCUGCUGGACAUCAAUGUACCCAAGGAUCCGUUGGGAGAGGGAACGGUUAACAGCACUUUCUCGGUUCACACUUGCGUGUAGUCAUCUCGUGUAGUUUCAAUAGCAGAACUGGAUCAGUCGAUCAGAAGUACUAUCAUGUUCAAACAUUAUACAAUCAGUUAUACAGUGCGUGAUACGAGUGACUGGACAUUUAGCAUUGUGUAUAUUUUUCUUAAGUGCCAGUACUGUGGUUGUCAACGUGGAGUUGGUAUGGUUUUUUAAUCGGACACCAGUUAAAUGCCUCUUCAGCACAGGGUAUGGGGAGCACUUUAUGAUCAUGUGUCGUCUCUGAGUUUGUGCCUCGUACGCAACUCAAAGAAAAGUGGGUAUUAACUUUAUUUGGGAUUCAUAUAUUUUUGGCUCGUUCCUGCUUGUCAGUGAGAAUUAACUUGUAAACUUGACAGAUCGUUUAUUCAUUGUAUUUUAAUAAAAUUAAGUUAAAUACAACACACAGGCUCUGUUGUAAUG